CAUUUCUCGUGUAGUUUCUGGAUGCUACAGCUCUUGUUCAAAGACAUGUCAUUGUUCUGGUGGUGCUGAGGAUUGUAACUUUCUGACUGGUGAUUGUUUGCCUUCCAUGUGUCAUCCAAGAUGGAUAGGGGAUCAUUGCCAAACAGAUCGCUUUGAGACGAGCUCGAGGAAGACCAACCCAGGAGUGGCGAUCUUUUCUUGUUCAUUCACGGCGUCACCAGGGCAAGCUCUCAGCCCCGCGGACAUCAAAGCUGCUCUUGGGGACUUUUCUGCAGCGAGCUGGAUUUCACAAAGCAGCUCUAUAUACAUAGAUAAAACCCUCAACAAUUCAUUUACUCACGUCAAUAUGGGACCAGAGAAAGCGAUUUACUGCUUCGUCGGAGAUCCUGAAAUCCCUUCAGAGUUCAUGUUCACAAGGCUACCUCCAAGGCAAUUCUUUGCGUUACCAAGUUUUAAUGGUGUACCAGAAGUACUUGAAUUUGGAUACUACCACGCAGCCAUCGGUUGGAGACAAUGGGACUCUAGCUCUGAUACCGGGGAAGGACCAAUUGUAGGGUACAAGAUAUACGUGCGAUCAGGUAGCAAUGUCGUGCUGGCUAAAGAAGUACAACCCCCAAGCAUGGUGAACAAUACGGACCGUUCCGUAUCGAAGAGGUCUGCUGAGAAUGCCAGUGAGAUGGUCAUGUAUAACGUCAGUGGACUUGAAGCAGGAUCAACGUACUCUGUCCAGAUUGCAGCGAUACGAGAUAGUAUCAACGGUGAAGGAGAACAAGGACUAGCAUUGACAUUUACAACUGAAAGUGCUGGAGGUUCUUCAAGUUCCAUAGCAACUGUCGUAGGAAGCGCUGUUGGUGCUAUUUUUGUGAUUGUUAUCGCUAUAAUUCUCAUCAUCAUCAUCAUCUUUUACAAGCGAAGAAGCAAUGAAUCAGCCACUACUAAGUCUAAAGGGAAGGAGUCCGAUUCGUCUCCGCAGUAUGGGAACCCUGUAUUUGAUCAGUCACAGACAGACGUUCAUACCUACCAAGAUAUCAGUGCCGAUGUUAAUGCCUAUCAGGAUCUGAAUAAACCUGAUCAAGAAGCUAACUACGAAGCAUUGAAUGACGCCAUAACGAGAGAUUAUUCUGAUGUUAUUCUACAAGUCAGUAAUAGAAAGUGUAAUGCUUUUUAGUUGUGCGGUUUGGUACGGUGGGUGCAGAAAGGAUAACCUUAAGAAACUGCAGAGAAUAUCCAAUCAAGCUAGCAAGAUGACUGGCAAAGUGACAGAUCUGAAACAGGAAUGCGUGUGUACAAUACUGAAACAGGUAUCCCAGAUUUUGGAAAAUGCUAACCACCCCCUUCAUCACUGCUAUACCCUAAUGCGAUCGGGGAAGCGGUACAGAUCAAUGAAGGCUCGAACCUCACGAUUCCUUAAUUCCUUUGUCCCGCUUUCCAUUCGUAAAUACAAUGAACAACUCCAGUCAAUUUGAAUAAGCCUGUAUCUUGCCACUUCGCUAGUCAUCAAUUUGCAUUGUACCCUUUCCUUUCCUUUUCAACCGAAUGUACCAGUAUCACGAGCAAAUAAAUAAUGAAUACCCUAUGAUGCCAUAUGUUAUUCCAAGUUGUAGUUAUAUACCGUUUAAUUUAUGAAGGAAAGAAAGAAGAAAGGAUUCAGCU